AUGCCCUCCCCAGGCGAGCCCAUUGCCGUAAUCGGCUCAGCCUGUCGCUUCCCCGGCGGAGCAUCCUCCCCCUCCAAACUCUGGUCCCUCCUCAAAUCCCCCAAAGACUGUCUCCGCGACUUCCCCAAAGACCGUCUCAACCUCGAAGCCUUCUACAACAAAGAUGGCGAGCACCACGGCGCCACAGACGUCUGCAACAAAGGCUACCUUCUCGAAGAAGACAGUCGCUUGUUUGAUGCAUCAUUCUUUAAUGUUAACCCUGCUGAGGCUGAUGGUAUGGACCCGCAGCAGAGAUUGACGCUUGAGACGGUUUAUGAAUCGCUUGAGGCUGCGGGGUAUACUAUUGAGGAGAUGCAGGGGUCUUUGACGGCGGUGUAUCUGGGUGUUAUGACGGGUGAUUAUCAUGAUAUUCAGUCGAGGGAUCCUGAGAUUAUCAACAGAUAUCAUCCGACAGGGACAUCAAAGAGUAUUCUUUCCAAUCGGGUGUCGUACUACUUUGAUCUUCGCGGACCAUCAGUUACUAUGGACACAGCUUGUUCGUCAUCUCUUGCAGCGCUACACUUUGCAACACAGUCUCUUCGCAGCAGCGAAUCUACAACCGCUAUAGCCAUCGGCGUGAAUCUCAUCUUCGACGCAGCGGGUUACGUAGCUGAGUCAAAGCUUCACAUGCUGAGUCCUACAUCACGCAGUCGUAUGUGGGAUGCUGGUGCAGAUGGCUACGCUCGCGGCGAGGGCGUUGCCUCUGUCAUUCUCAAGCCUUUGUCAGAGGCUAUCCGCUGUGGCGAUCACAUUGAGUGCAUCGUGCGUGAGACGGGAAUGAACAGUGAUGGUCGCACGACUGGUAUCACUAUGCCCUCUGCUGCUGCACAAUCAGCCCUGAUCCGUCGAACGUAUCGAAAUGCUGGGUUGGAUCCUAUCAAAGAUCGACCGCAGUAUUUUGAGGCUCAUGGUACGGGCACUUUGGCUGGUGAUCCAGUUGAGGCACGCGCUAUUCGACAGUCAUUCUUUGCAGACGAUGCAACGUUAUCCGAGGAUGCGGAGAAGCUUUACUGCGGCUCCAUCAAGACAGUCAUUGGACAUACCGAGGGCUGCGCUGGUUUGGCUGGCUUACUCAAGGCAUCUUUGGCAGUACAGAAUGGCACUAUCCCACCCAAUCUGCUCUUCAACACGCUGAACCCAUCCAUAAAACCUUUCUACGACCGACUUCAAGUCCCUACUGCAGCAAUGCCUUGGCCAGAAGUUCAUAGUGGUCCCAGACGAGUCAGUCUGAACAGCUUUGGAUUUGGUGGCACCAAUGUCCACGCCAUCGUCGAGAACUACGAGCCCGCUGCACUCGCGACAGCUCCGGUGUCUGAGAAGUUCGUUGGCCCUCUAGUCAUCUCCGCUGAGACUGAGUCUUCACUCGCAACAACAGUCGGGAAGUACGCAGACUUCAUCCGAGCCAAUCCAGACGCCAACCUCGAAGACGUGGCGUUCGUCACACAAACACGCCGAAGCGUCUUCAGCAGACGGGCAUUCUUCUCCGGCGAGAACAGGGACAAGCUUCUCGAGUUUCUUGACUCCGCUGUUGAGACGUCCAAGACUGGCGCUGAGAUUGGUAUUCAAGGACCAGGCUCCUCCUCCGAGCCACCGGCGAUUCUUGGCAUCUUCACCGGCCAGGGAGCGCAGUGGGCGUCCAUGGGUAAAACCAUGAUUGAGACGUCUUAUCAGUUCCGGGAGUCGAUAAAAAAGUGUCAAGAUGCUCUUUGUGGCAUUCCUGAUGCACCGACGUGGUCUCUCAUGGAUGAGCUGAUGGCAUAUGAGGAGAAGUCCCGCAUUGGUGAGGCUGCUAUUUCUCAGCCUCUUUGCACAGCUACUCAGAUCGCUAUAGUGGACGUUCUCGCUUCAGCUGGAGUUCACUUCGACGCUGUCGUCGGUCAUUCCUCAGGCGAGAUUUCUGCCGUCUAUGCUGCAGGUCUCCUCUCAGCCACUGAUGCAAUGUGCAUUGCUUACUACCGAGGUCUCUACGCCAAACAUGCCUCUGGGCCAUCUGGUUCUAAAGGCUCCAUGAUGGCUGUAGGCAUGGGGUCUGAAGACGCAACAGCAUUCUGCGACCAAGAGCAGUUCAAGGGACGAAUCAGUCUCGCUGCUAGCAACUCUCCUUCCAGCGCUACUAUCUCUGGCGACGAAGAUGCUAUCUUGGAAGCGAAGGAGAUACUCGAGGGUCAGAAGACUUUUGCCCGUCUUCUCAAGGUUGAUACGGCGUAUCACUCACAUCAUAUGAGGGCUUGUGCAGAGCCGUACCUUGAGUCGCUCAAGGCAUGCAACAUCACUGUCAACCCUCCUUCGAAUAACUGUAUCUGGGUUUCAUCAGUCUACGGCAACGCGGAUAUGCUCGACGAUGAAGAUGACCUUUCUGCUCUCGCCGGUCAAUACUGGAUCGACAACAUGUGCUCGCUGUGGAGGGCUGGCCCCUUCAACCUCUCGCUCGAGAUCGGUCCUCACCCAGCUCUGAAGGGCCCUGCUUCACAGACGAUGAAGACUGCCUUGGGUCAUGUUCUUCCGUAUGCCACUUUCUUGAGACGUGCAUACGACGAUGCCGAAGCCUUCUCGGGUGGAAUUGGCUACGUCUGGGCUUAUCUCGGAUCUCAUGCCAGCAAGCCAAGUAUGAUCAAGGGACUCCCAUCUUACACGUGGAACCACAACAAGGUCCACUGGAAAGAGUCUCGGCUCUCUCGCCGUUACCGUCUCGCCGACAAAGCUCCACAUGAACUUCUCGGUCGUCGCACCCCAGACGAUUCAGAGUUUGAGAUCCGUUGGCGCAACAUUCUCCGCCUCAACGAACUUCCUUGGAUUCGCGGACACGCUUUCCAGGGCAUGGCUCUCUUUCCGACAUCUGGAUACAUGGCCAUGGCUAUUCAAGCCGCUAUGGAAAUUUCUGGAUCAAGGCCAGUCAAGCUUGUCGAGAUCCGCGAUCUUGUUAUCCCUCGAGCGCUGACCAUUGAGGAAAACAAUCCGGGUAUUGAGUCUAUCUUUUCUGUCAAGAAGACUGGCGGUCAUGUUGAUGAGGAUGUCUUUCAUGGAGAAUUCUCUUGUCAUACAUGUCCUGCCGAAGCUGAAGGGACGCUCGAGAGGAACUGCACUGACUAUGAUCUUCCACCACGAGCACCUGGGAAGUCGGGCAUUACACCCGUCGAUACUCAAGAGUACUACGACUCGCUUCUGAACAUCGGUCUCAAUUAUCAAGGACUCUUCAGAGGUCUCAAGUCUGUUCAGCGAACCAUGGGAUAUGCUACGACAAAGGCAACCUGGGACAAGUCAGAAGUCGGCGACCAGUAUGUCAUGCACCCAGGACCUUUGGACGUUGCAUUCCACUCCAUCAUCGCGGCCAUGUGUACCCCUCUCAGUGGAGCACUUUGGGCACCGUAUCUACCUGUCAAGAUUGACAGGCUUGCGAUUGCUCCUAGCACCAACUACGAGGGAGUACCAGGCGAGAUCAACUUUGACGUUGACACUUUCAUCACUGAAACAACGUCCAACACCUUCAGAGGAGAUGUACACAUCAUCAGCCCAGAUGGCAAGACCGGUUUGCAAGCUGAAGGUCUCACCUUGAAGCUCUUCACUGAGGCGAGCUCUUCGGAUGAUCGACACAUGUUCUCCAAGACAAUCUGGCGCGCUGAUGUCUUGGACUCCUCUGAGAAUCUCGAUGAGAUCAAUCCUGAUGAGCAAGAGCUUGCACUCGCUGAAGCUAUCGACCGCACGUCUUUCUACUUCAUCAGAACGGAUUGGAAGUGGUUCCAUCAAGCCUUUUACAAGGCUGCGAAGGAGGUGCUGCAAGAGACACGAGAUGGCAAGCAUCCAACUGCGCAGAAGGAGUGGUUUGAUGAUACCGAGGAAUUGAUCAUGGAUUACAAGCAUAAAUAUCCUGAGCAAGCUGAUCUCAAGCUCAUUCACGCUGUAGCUGGGAAUCUCGUCAUGCUGGUUGACAACAUGUUGAGCAACCUCUACACAGACGGUCGAGCUAUGCAACCUUUGAACAGAAUCGUUGCAGAACUCUUCCAGAACCUGUCUCAUCGAUAUCCACGUCUUAAUAUCCUUGAGAUUGGAGCUGGUACUGGUGGAACGACGAACUCAGUCCUCAACGCCAUCGGAGACACGUAUGGUCGAUACACGUAUACCGACAUCUCAGCUGGAUUCUUCGAAGCCGCCAAAACUCGCUUCCAUUCACACAGUAAGCGUCUUGACUACAAGGUCCUCGACAUUGAGAACAAUCCAACAGGCCAGGGCAUUCCCGAAGGUAGUCAAGAUGUCGUUCUAGCCGCGAAUGUCCUCCACGCCACUCGCAACCUCAACGAGACGAUGACCAACGUUCGCAAACUUCUCAAACCCGGUGGUUAUCUCAUCAUGGUUGAAGUCACAGGCCAUUACCUCCAGAUGAUGUUUCUCAUGGGCGGUUUGCCUGGAUGGUGGCUUGGCGUCGAUGAGGGAAGAACUCGCGGUCCAGGUAUUGGGCUGACGGAGUGGGAUGAGAUAUUGAGAGAUUCGGGCUUCACAGGAGCGGACAAGUAUGUCACUGACUUGCCUGACUCGCUGAAGCAUGUCUGCUCUGUCAUUGUGUCGCAAGCUGCGGAUGAGAGGGUGACUAUGCUGCAGGAGCCACUUUCGUUUUUAGAUGAGAUUCCUCUGGAGCAGCGGCUUUUGAUCAUCGGUGGCAAGACUCUCCCUAUUUCAAGAGUUGUCAAGAGUAUUCAGCGUCUUGCAUCCAGAGUUGCAGAUCAAGUCACAAUCGUUGACAGUAUCGACUCCCUGUCGGAGAAGCAUCUCAGCGGUGAAACAUCCGUCAUCUGUCUCACCGAGCUCGAAAAGCCCAUCUUCUCAACUCCCAUGACCUCUUCACGUCUUCGAAACCUCCAGUCUCUGUUCUCUCACUCAUCGCAUGUUCUCUGGCUCACAGCCGGUCGUCUUGAUGAGAAUCCCUACACCAACAUGACAAUCGGUCUUGGGCGCGCUAUCAUCAAUGAACUCCCUCAACUGAACCUCCAGUUCCUUGAUCUUCCCAAGGCCUCGGGCGUGGAUGCGAAGAUGGUGGUUGAGGCGUUCUUGAAGCUCAAGCUUGGCAAGUCAGCUGAGUUUACUCAGACACCGAUGCUGUGGAGUACAGAGCCUGAGGUUUUGUUGAGAGAUGGUCUUGUGACGAUUCCAAGAGUUGUACCUGAUCAAGAGCGGAAUAACCGAUUGAACUCACAGAGGCGAAGGGUUACGAAGGAGGUUUCUCUUAGCGAGACCGAGGUUGUUCUGACCGAUACUGAAGGUGGUCUCUGUCUCGAAGAGAAGGCACCUUGGGCCAAGUCCCUGACUGGUGAUGGCAUUGCCAAUAUCCAAGUGGAGCAGUCGCUUUCACUUCCCUUCUGCGAGGAUGAUGCACGAGUCCUCUGUAUCGGUAAGAGUGGUGACCGACUCACAAUGGCCAUUGUUCCUCGCCACAGUUCGACAGUCUCUGCCCUAGCAACAGAUGUCUUUGUCGUUCCAGAGACAGAAGCUACACAAGGACCGACUGAACUCUUGGCCGGCAUGGCUCUAAACCUGGCCGCAUCUCUCAUCCUUUCGACCAUCUUAUCAGCUGCACCUACUACCAAGGAUGGCAGUGUUCUCAUCUACGGUGCAAGCACUGACAUACAGAAUGCUCUCACUGCCCAGGCUUCUCACAAGCUUAUCUUCGCCAGCUCUGAGGUACAGUCUGACUCGAUCUUCAUUCACCCCAGAGCAUCUAUCAGGACAAUUCAACAUGUCCUCCCUCGCGGCAUCAGUCACUUCCUCGGUCUCUCCGAGAAGAUCGACGAUAAGAUCAAGCAGCAUCUCUCCCACUUGUAUGAGAACAUCAGCUUCAAGCCCAGGCAUUCACUGGCCUCCAAAACUGCUGAGUUACUUGAGACUGCUUAUCAGUUCAGCCGUCAAUCACACCUCUCAUCAAAUCCAACAACCGUCCCCGCCCAAGACAUCACCUCACUUCCAAUCCUCGACAUCACACGCACUAUCGUCGACUGGACCAAGCCCCAACCCGUCAACGUGACCAUCCGCCCCAUCAGCGGACAAGGCCUCUUCUCCACCGACAAGACCUAUCUCAUGGUCGGACUCGUUUCAGACUUUGGUCGCUCUCUCUGUCGCUGGAUGGUUGAGAACGGCGCCAAGUACAUCGUCCUCACCAGUCGCAGAGCCCAAGUCGACCAACUCUGGCUGCAAGAGAUGGAAGACCUGGGCGCCGUUGUCAGAGUGUACCCCAUGGACGUGUCCAAGCGUGACUCUGUACAAACUGUUUGCGAUUCCAUCAAGGAUCUUCCGCCUGUUGGUGGUGUUUGCAAUGGCGCACUUGUUCUGAAGGAUCAGCUGUUCGUCAAGAUGGAGCCUGAUGCGCUGAGCGAUGUGUUUGCGCCCAAGGUUGAUGGAACUAUUCAUCUAAGCGAGAUCUUUUCAGAGCCGACGCUUGACUUCUUUGUCUUGUUCUCAUCUAUGAGUUCUGUUGUUGGCAAUGCUGGUCAGUCCAACUACAACGCUGCGUCUCUGUUUCAAGCCGCCAUUGCCCAACAGAGACGCCAGCGAGGUCUUGCUGCGUCAGUCAUGGCUUUAGGUAUGGUAGCUGAUGUGGGAUACAUCGCUGCUAAAGGCCCUACACUGAUGGAGCGGCUGAAGAAGGCUUUCUACAUGCCUAUCUCAGAGUCCGAUGCUCAUCAGAUCUUUGCUGAAGCUGUUGCUGCCAGUAAGCCUGGUGUGACAGAGGAUGACACUAUUGAGAUGGUCUCUGGUAUUCAGCCCUUCAACUACACAGCCUCUACGAAGGCUCGGCCUCCUUGGGUCAACAACCCUCGCUUCUCACACUUUGUUCGUGAGGAGGAAGGAUCCAAGGAUUUUGACGCCUCUCGAGCAGGCCAGAGCAACAUCCGUAUCCUUGAGCGACUGGACGCUGCUAGCUCAGAAGAAGAGGCUGCCGCGGCGCUUCUUGUCGCCUUCAGAGCCAAGGUCGAGACGAUGCUGCAGAUGACACCAGACAGUCUCAACGUGGAGGCAUCUCUUUUGGACGUUGGUAUUGACUCUCUCUUGGCCGUUGAGAUUCGUUCAUGGUUCUUGAAGGAAGUUCACGUCGACGUCCCUGUUCUCAAGACAUUGAGCGGCGACAACGCCAAGGAUAUCUGCGCUGAUGCAGCGAACAAGUACCUCUCAGCUAAGAUGCAGGAGAGCAAGUCUGAAACUGGCGAUGCGUCCAAGUCAGACUCAGCAGCCAACGGUUCAGCAACCGGGACAUCUAGUGACGGUAGCUCAAGUCCUGUUAGAUCAGGUCACGCAACCCCACCCAGUACAGUUGGAGAGACGGAGCAUCAAGAGGAGGUCAAGCAGGAGAAGGAGCUGGAGAGAGUCGAGAAGCUAUCGUAUGCUCAGUCGAGGUUAUGGUUCUUAAGUCAGUUCUCCAAAGAUGAUACUUCUUAUAACUGCCUCCCACGGUUGAAGAGGGCCAUAUCGACUGUUGCAAACCACCAUGAUUCUUUGCGAACAUGCUUCUUCACACGGCCGGGAAGUGGUGAGCCCGUUCAAGGUCUCCUUGUUUCGGCGAGGGACUGUCUCAAACACAAUUGGCGAAACCAUGUUUGGCAACUCGCUGACGGAGAUGUCCUCAGUGUUAUUGUCGUGACUCAUGGACUUGAGGAGCACUCUAUCAUUAUCGCGUACCACCACAUAGCAAUGGACGGCCUCAACACUUCACCAAAGCACGCCAUUGAGAGUGGUCAAAUGAAUGACAGGAUUUCAUACUGGACCAAUUUGCACUCACCACCUGCAGACACUCUUCCACUGUUCCCUUUCGCUCGUGUCAAGUCACGACCCAUUCCCAAAACAUAUCGUAACGUCGAGUCUCUUAUCGACAUUGGCCAGUCUCUGCGUAUCACGCCUUUCUACUUCUAUCUGACUGCUCUACAAACACUCUUCAACCGGCUUCUCGGUAUUGAGGAUAUCUGCAUCGGUGUCACGGACGCCAAUCGCACCGAAAGCAGCCUACAGACCAUUGGCUUCUUCUUGAACUUACUGCCCCUCCGGUUCAACCUACAGAAUGAUGCGAAGUUCUCAGAUCUUGUCACAGAAACAGCCCAGCAUUAUCGGACAGCGCAAGCGAACAUGGGCGUUCCCUUCGAUGUGAUCCUCGACAAGGCGAACGUCCCUCUGGCCAUGAACUACCGGCAAGGAAACUUCUCCAAGAUUCCCCUAGGUGGAAGUAGCCUGGAAUUCAAGGAUGGUUUUGAUGCUCAAAGCCCUUAUGAUCUUGCCUUCAUUGUUGCAAGGGAAGAUCUGUAUACGAGAGAAGGGACUGACACUCUAUUGUCUGCAUAUCUGGCAUUGCUGCAUGAUGCAUCGCGGGAUGUAACGAAGACGCUGGAUAGCAUCAAUGUUUACGAUCAAGCGGGUGUUGACAGGGCACUAUCACUUGGGUAUGGGAAGGUGUUGGAUGAGGCGAUCGAAAAUAACCCUCAUGAUAUCGCUAUCAAAGAUGCCGACGGCCAGCUCACCUAUGAAGAGCUUGCUAGCAAAGUCCACGACCUUGCUUCUAUCAUCCAGUCACAACAACAGCCUGGUUCAUCAGUCGCUGUUCUUUGCGAGCCGACUGUAUCCUGGGUCGUUUCCAUGUUAGCCAUCAUUCGUUCUGGUUGCAUCUACGUUCCUUUGGAUGGCAAGUUACCUGAUGAGCGUCUCAAGGUUAUUCUUGAGGCUGUCGAACCUGACUUGAUACUCUGCGAAGCAGCCACUAAGGAACGUGCUGAGGGUCUCUUUGCUGGGGCAUCUAUACUUUCCGUGGCGGACACGUCGGAGAUCACUGAGACCAUUGCUGCAGCCAACCUGGAGCGCGGCAAUGAAACUACCUUCAUCCUUUUCACAAGCGGGUCGACAGGCAUACCAAAGGGUAUUCGACUCUCUCCACGAGGAAUCAUCAACUAUGUCGCCACCAAGAGCUCGAAGCUUUCUCUAGGUCGAGAGGCUGUUCUUCAGCAGAGUGCUCUUGGUUUUGACAUGUCACUUGCCCAAGCCUUCCUGGCACUCACAUUUGGUGGUACUCUUGUUAUAGCUCCCAGUGCAAGCCGAGGAGAUCCUCUCGCUUUGAGUAACCUCAUGGCUGAUGAAGCAGUAACGUUCACAUUGGGAACUCCGACUGAGUAUAUUAUGCUUCUACGCCAUGGAGGUCAAUCCGUUAGGUCCAUGCACUCUUGGAGGAACGCAACUUCAGGUGGUGAAGCUAUCACUGCUCAGCUGAAAGCCGCUUUCAGAACGCUACAGCAACCUCCGACUCUCACCGAUUGCUACGGUCCCACGGAGAUCUCAUGCUGUGCCACCAUGAAGACCAUUGACCUCUGCAGUGAUUACGAUGAGGGUGUAUACUCGACUGUUGGCCCAGCGAAUCCCAACACUUCCAUCUACAUCCUUGAUGAGAGUGGACACGUUGUGCCACAAGGGCUCACUGGGGAGAUCUGCGUUGGAGGUGUUGGCGUUGCGCUCAGCUAUCUCGAUGAGAAGUCAACCUCUCAAAAGUUCGUGACGAACCCGUUUUCGACCGCUGAACACGCUAAGAAGGGCUGGUCUACGAUGUAUCGCACUGGCGAUAAAGGCCUCAUCCGUGCUGAUGGCGGUCUUCAGUUCAUGGGUCGUAUGGAUGGUGAUACAACUGUCAAACUCCGUGGACUACGCGUCGAUCUUGAUGAUGUCGCCAACGUCAUGCUACAUCAGUUCAAGGAGGGUUUACAGGAUGUUAUUGUCACUGUUCGUGGCGAUCCAGCUUUCCUUGUUGCACAUGUUGUGCUGGCCCCGGAUGCUUCUAUGGAGGUGUCAACUUUACAGCAGUUGGCAAACACUUUGCCGCUUCCUCAGUACAUGAGACCUGCAAUGGUCAUACCACUGGAGAAGCUGCCGUUGAACAGCAGUGGAAAGGUUGAUCGUCGUGCUAUUGCAGCCUUGCCUCUACCUACAUCGCCUGCAUCCCCUGAUCUUUCAAAAGCAACAUUAGAUAGGAAACCAACGCUUGUUGAAGGAGAGUUGAGACUCAUCUGGCACAACGUUCUAUCUCAAUCGGGCCUUGUCAACAACACGAGACCUGAGCCUGACACAGACUUCUUCCAUGUUGGAGGCAACUCACUGCUCCUCGUCAGGCUUCGAAGUGCAAUCGAGAUCUCAAUGGGUGUUACAUUACCUCUCAGCGACAUGUAUCGCUCCAGCACACUGGCCGGAAUGGCUGGUCUAGUCACGCGACAAAAAAGCUCUGAUUAUGUGCCUGAUGUAAUUGAUUGGGAGGCAGAGACAGCUUUACCUCGUUCCAUCGACUUGAGUUACUCUCGCGAUGCAACUCCCGUCAGGACAGACUCUGGUCUUGAGAUUCUCAUGACAGGCUCGACAUCAUUCCUGGGGAAGCAUAUUGUCCAAUCUAUACUCAACUACUCGUCAGUUGCACGUAUCCACUGCAUCGCUGUUGACCCAGACUCUGAUGCUAGUCACCUCAAGGAUGAUCGCGUCACACUAUACCAUGGUAGCCUAAGUGAACCAAUGCUAGGGCUCAGAAACGAUACCUACCAGAAGCUUCAAGCGAAUGUCGAUACUAUCAUCCUCGCAGGCGCUCAAGGACAUUGUCUGAACAACUACUCAACCCUUCGAGCACCUAACGUGGAGUCGACGCGACAGAUGGGUCUCUUCGCUCUUGGCCGCCGGAUUCCUAUCCAUUAUAUCUCAUCAAACCGCGUUACGCUGCUUGACUCUAGCGCAAAUGCUGCUCUUCCACCAGUCAGUGUCAGAGAUCACCAACCUCCCACAGAUGGGUCGGAAGGGUUUACAGCAGCCAAAUGGGCAGCCGAAGUCUUCCUGGAGAAACUGUCAGAAGCAGCGGCAGCGAGUGCAGAACGGGAUUUACCUGUCUCAAUUCAUCGGCAUUGUGCUAUUAUUGGUGAUGAGGCUCCUAUCGAAGAUGCACUCAACGCUUUACUACGAUUUUCCAAGCUCAUUAAUGCUGUACCGCGUGUAUCGAGCCUGAAUGUCGGCGGUUACUUUGACUUCCUACCUGUCACAGAUGUCGCCAGCUCCUUUGCUGACUUUGUCAUAUCCUCGCAGGGAACCCACGCCGGCGUGGCUUUCAAGCAUUAUUCGAGCGGUGUCAGGGUGCCGCCUGUAGAUUUCGCUUCUUAUAUGCAAAAGACAUAUGGCGGCGAGUUCCGGGAGCUGGACUUGAAUGAUUGGAUUGAGGAGGCGAGGAGGGAAGGAAUUGAAGAGUUGAUUGUGUUGUAUCUGCAGGCUAUCGUGGAGAAGGGACAAAGGAUAACAUUUCCGUAUAUGGGGAACAGGGAGUAGAUAUCGUGUACUAGCAUAA